GUAGAAUUACUUCAUCUCCUCAGUUCAUUAAUGCUAAAUAAAUGUGCGUUGGUAAUGGAGUCGGAGGGUCAUAAAAAUUCAUGAAUUUAAAACUAUAAGCUUGGCUAAUGAGAAAUAUUCUCAAACAGCUCAAGGAAAGUAAUCCUGAAUAGGUGAAUUAUUAUUAUUGGAAGAUCCACCAAACCAAAGUUUGGUUACCAAACCCCCAAGGAAGAUAUCUAACGUGAGUUGAUAACUCUGACAUCUGACAAGUGACCGUUUUAGGAAUUUUUAGAGACUUGUUGAAAUGGCCAAGUCAGCAGUGAAGGUGAAUAGCCAGCAACACACAAAUUUCGAAGACGACGAGGGUAGGAUGGAGUUGUACAUUUGGGGCGGCGGAUGGGGUUUGCCAUCAAUUGACCCGGAAUCAUUACAGACACUGGCUGCAGUUCGCUUUGCUGGUGCUCCAACGACCAUUACGGAGUGUAAUAAUCCAUGGAAGUCACCCAAAGGAGUAAUUCCAUUCUUCAAACAAUCAAACGCUAUGAGCAUUUUCUCUGCUCAUGAUGUUGGCCUUUAUCUACGAUCUAAGAAUUUCAGUGGAGAUUAUGGACUGACAUCUAUCCAAUGUGCAGAAACGGUGGCUUAUGGUCAAUUGAUUUGGGAGUCGUUGCAAGUAGCCUACCAAUAUUAUUUCUGGAUUCAUGAAAAUAAUUACUCAGAAAUUAUUCGUCCAUUCUAUGGACGCCGGCUUCCGUGGUUGUAUAAACUGUGGUACCCAGAAAGAUUGCGUAACCAAGCUAAGCAGGUUGUCAUAUCCCAGUACAGAGAUGCGGAGGAUCAACCACAAGCAGUGGAACAGUUUGUGUUGGAUAAAGCAAAGAAAUGUAUCAUUGACUUAUCCCAAAAGCUUGGACAGAACGAGUUCUUUAUGGCUACAUCGUCCCCAACUACAAUGGACGCAAUUGUUUUCAGCUAUUUAGCUGUGUUUUGGAAAGUCAAAUUGCCUCAUAACCCAUUGAAGGAGAUUAUUACAAGUAAUGCUAACUUGGAAAGAUAUCUCGCCAGAGUCCUUCAAAGGUACUUCCCGGCUGCUCCAGGACGAAGUCCAGCUCUAGUCUCAUCAUCAACAUUAGUUUACGGUGACGACGGGGAAGUAAUUAUGAAACCCACGCAAGAAGAAGAAUCAUUUUCAUUCAAACAGAAACUGGGGGCAGGACUCAUUGCGACUAUAGUGAUGUUUUUAUAUGCACUGAAAAACGGUAUUGUACGCCUUCCUGCGAUUAUGGACUCUAGUCAUGCAGAUGACGAUGAAGACUAUUGGGAAUAACAUUACACACUCUUUUCACAGUUAAAAAUAUUUCAAAGAUUGAUAUGGAAUUAAGCCUGUCAAUAUUAGAUAAAUGUCCAUCAAACAGUCACUGUCAAAUUAUUAUGACCAAUUUGUGAAAAUUAUAUGUAUAUGCAACGCAUGGUCUCGUCAUAUUCCUUCAAUAUCUGAAAAUAUAUUCAGGUUUGGUUUAAACA